GGGGGGAGGAGUUGCAGAGAGGGGAGAGGUAGAUAGAUAGAGAGAGCGUGUGUUUAUGUCUCAGUGUGUGACAAAUAAGAGGGAAAAGGUAGCGGUGGGGCACACAACAAAGAGCCCGGCUGACUGACACAUAGUGUGCAGAGAUCCGGCGAAGCAGUCCACUCCCAGGGAUGACAGUACGGCAGCGGAUCUACUUUCAAUUCACUUUGUCUUUGCACUGAAAGUUUUGCGCGUCGCCGAGGAGAGGACACCUGCUUUCAAGUUUCCACCGAAUCAAAGUGUUUGCCUGCAAAAUGCAGAGACCAGGCGGCCAAGGGACGGCGUUUUCUAUCGAUUCCCUGAUAGGGACUCCUCAGCCCAGACCGGGACACCUGCUCUACACGGGCUAUCCUAUGUUCAUGCCGUACAGACCUUUGGUUAUUCCACAAGCUUUAUCCCACUCGCCUUUAUCGUCUGGUAUACCUCCACUCGCGCCUUUGGCUUCUUUUGCGGGACGGCUCACCAACACGUUCUGUGCCAGUUUGGGACAGGGGGUGCCAUCCAUGGUGGCGCUCACCACGACGAUGCCAAGUUUCUCGGAUCCUCCGGACAGUUUCUACCCACCACAAGAGCUGCCAGGUCCCCGUUUAAGCGCCGCAGAUCCCGCAGCGAGAAGGCAGGAAAGUCCUCACUCUGACGAGCUGCACAGCCGGGACAAGGGCUCUGAUCUGCUUAACUUCUCGGAAACUUUUCAAACAAUAUCAGGUGAGACCAAACUGUACAGCUCAGACGACGAGAAGCUGGACCUAAAAGCAGACACCGUGUGCAGUGACCGAGAGGACAGCUCCGCAGACAGCGAGAACGAAAGUUUCUCGGAUGGGAACAACUGUGGCUCCCUGUCCCAGAAGAGCAAACUAAAAACCGGCUCGCAGGAGGCGCUACCGACCGGCAGCUCAGCGGGGAAAAGCCGCAGGAGACGAACAGCUUUUACUAGCGAGCAGCUGCUCGAACUUGAAAAGGAGUUUCACUGUAAAAAGUACCUUUCUCUGACUGAACGCUCUCAGAUUGCGCACGCACUUAAACUGAGCGAGGUGCAGGUGAAGAUUUGGUUUCAGAACCGCAGGGCCAAGUGGAAACGGAUCAAAGCCGGCAACGUUAACAACCGGUCAGGAGAACCGGUGAGAAAUCCCAAAAUUGUGGUCCCCAUCCCCGUGCACGUCAACAGGUUUGCGGUGAGGAGUCAGCAUCAACAAAUAGAACAAGGGACCAGGCCAUGAACUCAGAUAAAAAUCAAAAAUAUUAAUAAUAAUAAAAAAAAAAAAACACUUACAUUGACUCUAUGUUCCACUGAUUCGUUGAACGCAUGAA